AUGGCAACCUCGAGCAGUCCACCUCCGCCCGCCCCUCCUCACCAGUUUCUCCAGGGCCAAACAGAAUAUCAGCAGCAGCAGCAGCAGCAAUACACGUCACAGUACUCGCCGCAGUAUUCGCCGCAGUAUCAACCUGUUGCAGUCGCGCAGCCCCAGAAGCCUAGCCCGACGACCCGAAAGUCCAGGAGCUUCAGCUUCAGGUCGGAUAAAUCUCACGGCUCCCACAACAAUAACAAGAUCGACCUGACCGAGACAUCAGCAGAGAAGGAGGCUAAACGACUACACAGCAAAGCAGACCCACGGCUAGCCAUGGAAGAAGCAGAACCUUCUGAGGUUGCUGCGACGGUCAAAUCUUCACUUGCACCUCUCCGGGGCAUCGCACUCAAGGACGCCUAUGGCAAUCCAAUCUCUGAUCCGGACCUCUCCAACCCCACCCGAAGUCGCUGGGAACGUCCGUUAGACACAAUUCGAAGCUUCGAGGCUGCAAUUGACGGUGGGUAUGAUAAAAGGCGGUCGAUUCUUCGUUCAGACUCGGAAUCAGUCGCAUGGGGCAACAACCGACGGAGCAGCUAUUAUGGCGGCAAUGGCGGUAAUGCACGGUUUUCCCACGAUAGCUAUUAUAAUACCCGCCCUCAGUCCACGAUGUACGGGAAAAACAUGGAAGGGAGUCAACAAGAUUUGAGGCAGGGCGGUAUGGGGCAGCGAGAUGCCUAUCAAGAACAACAGUCGGGGCAGAACAACGCAUAUGGCUCAGGCCCACCAAUUUCGGGUAGGAGGACAUAUCCAAGGAUGGCCUCUGAGCCACAGUUUGCAUCAUCACACCGACUGCAACAAGUUCCGGCCGAUUAUCCGCUCCCGAUUAACCAUCGAUCGUACGAGACAGUCGCAUCUGCGUCGGGCAGCGGUUCAUCAGCAGAGCCAUUGGGAUAUCAGACAGAUCCUACGAGCAGUGACAACAGCUCGCUCGAUCGCAUGCAGGCUGUGCCAAAACGUCUGCCGGAACCGGUGAACGACUACGGUAUCGGGUUUGGCUCAAAUAUGCCAUACCAGCCACCCACAUUCACUGUGGGCGUCCAAGAUGCCAAUGCGAAUGGUGGAGAGUACAACGGCUAUUCUAAUGGCACCCAGGACUAUGGUGUCCCGCCACCUCAGCUUCCUCCGAAGGAUCGGGGCGUGAUACUAAGGAAAGCGAUGACCAGCGACUAUAGCCAGCAACGACCCACGCAACCGGAAAAGCGAAAAAGCUGGUUCACACGGCGGUUUAGCAAGCAAGCUUAA